AUGGUCAUCCCUCCUCAUCAGAACCCCCUCCUCUGUAUCGACCUGCGCUCUCAUUUCUGCAGCCGCUGGGAUGAUGGAUGUGGGCCUAAUUCCCGCCUGCAGCCUCCAGUGUGCAUUUCCAAGCGGAGGCGUGGACACCUCUUCAGUAAUGAGGGUUACACUGACAUGGCAGCAGUGGUCGGCAUGUGGGAGACUUUCUCAACAGUCCUGUCCCACGCCUGA